ACUUGUUUAACAUCUUAGCAUAUGUUCAUUAAUGAAACCAGGGAGACAUGAGCAUUAAUUAUUAGAAGAUUUAAUUACUAAACCACCAUAGAUUAUGGAUCUUGAUUAUUUUUUAAUUCCAACAUAAUGCAAUCACUCUAAGAAAAUGUUCUAAUUUGAUUUUGCUUUAGAUUGAGACAAUACCCUGUUUUCCAUGAGUUUAGAAGCAAAAUGGCUCAGAAUCCCUUAAAAUUUAUUGGUUUUCUCAUUAUCUGUGGCAUGUUUUUGACAAUUCUAUUGACUGCCUCAGUUAUAUUCACGGACUUACCUUCUGAUAGCGUCAAGAAUUUACCUAAAGCUAAUAUUGUUGAUGUUAAACCUCCAAAUGGCACAGUUAAUUCUGAAGUAGAGAAAGAUAAACUGCUUGGUGGCCUUCUUCCUUCAGGAAUUGAUGAAACAUCUUGUCUAAGUAGAUACGAAUCCGCCUUAUAUCAUAAAGAACUGUUUCACAAGCCAUCAUCUUACCUCAUCUCAAGAUUACGAGACUACGAGGCACUUCACAAGCAAUGUGGUCCUCAUACAAAAUCAUACAACAGGAGCGUCGAGCUUAUCAAGUCUGGCCAAUACAAUGAAUCAGCAGACUGUAAUUACUUGGUUUGGAUUUCCUUUAGUGGUUUAGGUAAUAGGAUGCUAACUUUAGCUUCUGCUUUCCUAUAUGCUCUUCUUACAAAUCGAGUCCUACUCGUUGAUCCUGGAGUUAACAUGCCUGGUCUAUUCUGUGAACCUUUUCAAGACGUUUCCUGGUUGAUUCCUCCUGAUUUCCCUCUAUUCAAUCAGUUUAGUACCUUUGAUCAGAAAUCUCCUCAUUCCUAUGGUUAUAUGGUGAAGCACGAUGUCAUUCGUAAUUCAUCGACUCUACCUCCCUACAUCUACCUACAUUUAGCUCAUGACUAUGAUGAUCAGGAUAAAUUAUUUUUCUGUGAUCAGGAUCAAAGUUUUCUCAAGAAAAUCCCCUGGCUAGUCAUGAAGACAAAUACCUAUUUUGUGCUUUCUCUAUUCUUGAUCCCAUCAUUUGAGCAAGAAUUGAGCAAUCUUUUUCCCCACAAAGUAACCAUCUUCUAUUUUCUAAGUAGAUAUCUGUUUCAUCCCACAAAUUCUGUAUGGGGGCUUGUAAAGAGGUACUAUCAAGCUUAUUUAGAACGAGCAGACGAAAAAUUAGGCAUUCAAAUUAGAGUCUUGGAGACAGGUGUCGGUCCUUUUAAGUAUGUACUGGAUCAAAUCAUCGAUUGUACAAUGAAGGAGAAUCUGCUGCCACAAGUUAACCGGUCCAGUGAGCCUAUAGUCCUCAACCAGACCGAGAAGCAGAGGAAGACUAUAUCCGUCCUGAUAACUUCUUUAAGCCCUGGAUACUCAGAAGAGAUCAGGAAAAUGUAUUGGGAGAAUCCCACCGUUAGAGGAGAGAUAGUUAGCGUUUAUCAGCCAAGUCAGGAGGAAUAUCAGCAGAGUGAGAAUCUGUUGCACGAACAGAAGGCGUUGGCAGAAAUGUAUCUACUGAGUUUAAGUGACAAAUUGAUUACAAGUGCAUGGUCAACUUUCGGAUAUGUGGCUCAGGGUCUUGGAGGACUGAAGCCCUGGAUACUAUACAAGCCUAAUGAGAACAGAACAGCACAUAAUCCGCCUUGUGUUCGAGCUGCAUCAUUCGAGCCAUGUUUCCAUGCCCCGCCUAACUAUGAUUGCAAAAUGAAAACGCCAACAGACACGAGCAAAAUCGUUCCUCAUGUCAGGCACUGUGAGGAUAUGAGCUGGGGCUUAAAACUAUUUGACUAAAAUGGUGAAUUAUAGGGCUGUCAAAAUGGUCCGCCCAACACGCCCAUUGAACACCUUUAGUGAAUUAUAACAUUUUUGGUGAUCCAAAGUGUGAGUAGAGUAAUUUUCUCUUCCUUUCUUCUUGUUGAAAUAUUAGUACAAAAUUGCCAAUCGCUUGAAAGCUUCAUUCAUUGAUUCUCUUAUUUGGGAAUUGGGACCAUUCUUAAAACAAAAUAACAUAUCAAACUAAUUAAACACA